AUGUCCAGCUUUAUCAAACUCGACAGCACCAAUCUGGUACAAGAUGGAACCAAUUCAACCUGGAAAUACUCCUUUCCCGGAUCGGCGGCUGACCUCCGCGAUGUAGUAUGUGCCAUUCAAUCGAUUUCGAUUUGCAUUGAAUCAAUGUUAUACUCGAUGUAUGACAGCGAGUAUAACAUUGAUUCAAUGCAAUUUCAGAACACAACGUUCAAAAUUGAAGUACCUACCGCUGCAACUACAUCCACAAUCAGUGUAUCCCUCCCUGAUAGUAUUUAUUCGUAUGACGAUAUCAACCGAAGCAUUCAGACUGCUCUUGUCAAUGCUGGGGCGUAUCUAAUCGAUCCGUCGGGGGAUAACGUAUUCUAUAUCAAAAUGAGUGCUAACAGUGUCUAUUACGCUUCUCAGCUUGAUUUCUCGCCUACGCCUACAACUCUACCAACUACCGGUGGAACAUGGACCAGACCUACCUCCGGUUUAUACUCCUCUGGUGGUACUGGAUUGCCGACUACUACCCGCGUUCCUCGACUGAUCAUCGAUAAUGCUGAAUUCGGUAAAGUUGUUGGUCUCACAGCGGGUACAUACCCCUCCACAUCAGCUACUGUUGCAAGUGCUCAGCUAUCGAACAUCAUUCCUCAGAUUCACCCGACCAGUUCCUACAUCGUUCGUUGCGAUCUGAUCAAAAACGAAUACGUGGCUUCUGGUGAUAUUGUCAGUGCUUUUGAUAGAGGUGAUGCCGCUAUUGGAAAGGUCAUUUCAUACAAACCGAGCCAGUAUGCGUGGAUGAACUGUCAUAAUGGCGCUCGAGCUAGUAUUACACUCAGUAUCUAUAAACAAAAUGAUAAAAAAGUGAUUUUCAGAGAUACGUCGGUAUCCAUCAUGCUUCUGAUUCGUCCAAAAAAAGACAUCCGGAGUAUUUUUUUAGGGCGGCUACAACGUAAACGAACCACCAGUCUUACGACGUGCCCUGAGCGCAGCCAUCUUAGCCUUCAUCUCUGGCGAACCCUUCGCUGGACGUUUCUUUGCUACGCCUACACCAUAGCGGCGACGAACCUCCUUUCGCACAGAUCUGAUUAG